CGAAUGUGUCUGUCAAGCCUGGACUGUGUCGGGCUCUAGCAGCACUUCGAACUCUCAAGUUUUGUCCAAAGCCGGCUCUUCCGGCAUCGGGACCAUAUCUGCCCCUUCGUCUUUCCUUGAGAGCACUGGCUAGUUUUCGGCUGUAUUCUCGAGUGUCAAACAUGUGCACAUAUUAUCUUCCCUCGCUGGUAGGUUGUCUCAGAGCGAUGAAGCAGUAGCAGAGGGAUCCCAUACGUACGAGUACUCGUACUGUACUCGAGUACAUCAUUGAUCUCCUGCUCGUCACUACUCGACUGCACGCCUUCUAUAUCAUACACUGCCGCCAUGCUGGAGCUUCUCUUGGACAAGACCGACCAAGAGACCUCUUUCCUUUUACCAAGGUGGUAUUUUGAAAGCCGCAUAUGUCAAGGUCGGAGUGGGUUGGAGGAUGAAUGGCAGAGCGUGAGUUCCAAGUCCUGUCGAGAGUCUGCGUAUGGCUGGACAUUUCGAGUAUAUGGAAUGCACUACACUGCAAAGACCCGUAUGUACUCGUACAAUCAAUAUUUCGACUUCCAAGCAUGCAACAUUCGGGCCGAGUCCGACUUCCGAGUCAUUCUAAGGGUUCGUCGUUCAAAACAAGCCGAGCCCCUGCUUCCUGAUUGCCCCUGUCCACUCGAUCGUGUGAAGCACAGUGAACAAUACAUGGAGGGGAACAGUCCAACCUCGAUGCACUCGAUGAUACGUCUCAGGGAGAAAAGUGAUCGCAGUUGCAGGUCGCUCGUCAUGAUCGUGCUGCCGGUGACGCGAGAGUGGGAUCAAAAUGCACUGGAAUGAUCAGUCUGUGGAUUGUAAAUCAGCGGAUAAAGUCGUUCGGAGACAAGCAAAAGGCCAGGGAGUACAUUAUACCUGACCUGAUACCUGAUGACAGCCUGGGAAGGGAUACAGGGGGCGGAUCGCGAGGCAGAAGAUGCGAGAUGGAAUAUGUAGAUGGCAGC